CACAUUUUUUGUGGACAGUCUGACAGAAGCGGUGUAUGGUGCAGUGAAAGAGGCUGUUGGUGCAGAUGUAUCUGAAAGAAUGCAAAGUUGCUUCAAGGUUAAUGCAUCGCUUCUUGACCCCCAUGUGGUGUUGCACGAGAUCAAAUUCUUAGUGCAGCAGGGCCAGUAUAAUAUGGCUUUCUCGCAGGCUCUGUCAGCGGCUGACCCAUUCUUUGUUGUGUCAACAUGUGAGAUGGUGUGUCCUACCAUCACCAUUGGGAAGGAUCCAUGUCCUCUAGAAACACCAGUGCUGCUCUCACUUAUCGGGAAGUUGAGUGAAGACCUUGCAACCAAAACUACAAUCAAGAUAAAAUACCUGGAGGCAGCGGUGCUCAGCCUCGUUAAAGGAGGCCCCGCCUCACAGUCCUCUGAAAAAUGUGCCCUCACGCGGCUGUUCAACAAGAUCGAAGAACUGCUGAAGCAAAACCCUCCCCAUGACAUGGAGCGCAUGGCCAAGCAUCUCAAUCUAGUUAUUCAAAGCUCUCUUUGCUGCUAGCUUUCAGUACCUUUGUAUGGCAUCUGGGGAAACCAAAGUGUUCCUCCUUGAUGGAGGACUUGUGUCUUAAGUUUUUAUAGUGUGCUGUGCCUGGCAAGUGGGCUUCAUCGAAGUAUCCAUAAGAACUGUGCAUUAACUAUGGCAGAAGUUCAACUAUUACUGUAGGCCUUAACUUUUCUCCGAGUGUUUUGAAGACCACUGCCUUCGUCACCCCCGUUUUCUAGUGGAAAGGAAGAGAAGAAAAGCUGUAUAGUUUCCUAUUUCCACAUCAUACUUGUUCACAUUUCUGAGCAUGAAACAGCCUGCACUGUACUUAUUGAUUGUAUUAUCCAAGACCUGUAGGCAAUAUUACCUGUAGUAUUCAGUGCAUCAAAUUUUGCUUUUGGCAGUAUUCCCUCUGCUCGCCCAGUUUGUAUGGAUUGAUAUUAUAAGUUUAAUACUAGAGUUAAAACUAGGCUCUACUGAUUCCUCUGUAAAAGCGUAUACUGCAGUCAGCUUUCCAAAGCCAGACUCUUGGCAGGUAAUAUCCUGAGCUGUUGCAUGUUGCUCAAGAGAAAUAAUGCCCGCUUUUUUAUGGCUAUAUUUUCACUACUUCUUUGCGCAGCAUUUCUAUUCUCUCCUCCUUACUUGGGUUUCCAGUUAAAGUAUGUUUAAUCUCAACUAUCAAUUUAACACAAUUCUUAGAAUUCUUUUUGCUUCACAGUAACACUUGUGUUUUGCUCGACAUUUGUUGUAUUGCUAACUGAGAGCCCUUUUUCAUUUGCUUUGUUUUUGUAGACUGAACUGAAAUAAAGUUUUUAUAUUUUUA